AUGUCGGACGUCGAGAUGAAGGACGACGAGCCCGCGUUCGAAGGCAUUUCGUCACGCAAUCGGUCGACUGAGUCGUGGCCGUGGGUCGAGAAGUACCGCCCGUCGUCGCUGUCGGAUCUGAUCGCCCACCAGAACAUCAUCUCGACGCUCAACCGCCUCAUCGAUGCGCAGAAGCUGCCGCAUCUGCUGUUCUAUGGACCUCCUGGCACGGGCAAGACGUCGAUGAUGAUUGCAGCGGCUCGGAGGCUGUAUGGGAAGAACUAUGGAUCGAUGGUACUAGAGCUUAACGCGUCCGACGAUCGUGGCAUCGACGUGGUGCGCAAUCAGAUCAAGGAGUUUGCCGGCACGAAGAAGCUCUUUAGUCAGGGCGUCAAGCUCAUUAUCCUCGACGAAGCUGACUCCAUGACCAACGACGCUCAGUUCUCGCUCCGACGCGUCAUUGAGAAGUACACGAAGAACGCGCGCUUUUGCCUCAUCUGCAACUACGUGAGCAAGAUCAUUCCAGCGCUGCAGUCGCGGUGCACGCGGUUCCGCUUUGCGCCACUCGACGAGAGCCAAGUGGGCGGCCGGGUCAAGCACAUUGCAGAGCUCGAGAAAUUGAACAUGACGGACGACGGCUUCAAGGCAAUCCUGCGUCUAGGCCAGGGAGACAUGCGUCGCAUCCUCAACAUCCUGCAGGCGACGUCUAUGGCAUACGAUGUCGUUGAUGAGGCUAAUGUUUAUUCGUGCACGGGCAAUCCGCUGCCCAAGGACAUCGAGUUGGUGGUCCAGUGGCUCUUUAACGAAAAGUUUGCGACAGCCGUGCACAAGUGCGCCGAGAUGCAGAAGCUUAAGGGCUACGCCACGAGCGAUAUCCUCCAGGACGUGUACCGCUACACCAUGGACAUUGAAUUACCACCGCGCUGCCGCAUGUAUCUAUACGACGAGCUGGCCAAGCUUGAACACCGGCUGUCGAACGGCACUACUGAGGAACUACAGUUGGCAUCGAUGGUUGCAAUCUUUGCAAUCGUCCGGGAGCAAAUGUCGAAAGCAGUUGCUGGAGCCUAG